GCACCUCAACGGGCAGCCUUCAGGGUGACGUGGGCGGUACCGAAACAAUGUCCAAGAUGGUCCGGAUUGUGUUCUACGAGGACAAGAACUUCCAGGGCAGGCGAUACGAGUGCGACAGCGACUGUACGGACUUCCACUCAUACCUGAGCCGCUGUAACUCCAUCCGCGUGGAGAGCGGCGCUUGGGUGGUGUACGAGAGGCCCAACUACACCGGCUACCAGUAUGUUCUGACCCGAGGAGAGUACCCAGAGUACCAGCGCUGGAUGGGCCUCAACGACCGCGUCAGCUCUUGCAAGAUUGUUCACUUUGUAAGCGGUGCCCCAUACAAGCUGCAGCUCUUCGGUAAGGGGGACUUUGCGGGCCAGGCGUUCGAGGCCACCGAGGACUGUCCGUCCGUGCUGGAGAAGUACCACUGGCGUGAGGUGCACUCCUGCAAAGUCCUGGGCGGCUGGUGGGUCUUCUACGAGCACCCCAACUACAAGGGGCGCCAGUAUCUGCUGGAGAAGGGCGAGUACCGUAAGCCAGUGGACUGGGGCGCGGUGUGUCCCAACGUGCAGUCCUUCAGGCGGCUCACAGAGUAGUCGUGGGCUAGAGUCAACCCCCACCCCCUCGCCGCCUGAUCCGAUUCUUCCCAACCAGCCACCUUACUGUUCUCAUCACCGAUCAGUGGUUACUGAAACUACACCGCUGCCAAAGGCUAAAAUAAAACCCUGAAUGGCA